AUGUUAUCAAUAAAACCAGGGAAACUGACACAAUAUGUAAACAUUAACAUUUAUUUGGUUUGUUAUUUGUGUUGAUGUUAACCAUUAUUCAAAAAAUUGAUCAUUAGUGAAUUUGUAAUUAUCAUUAUCAUCUUACAAUACAUUUCCAGUGCACAGUGGAUAUCAAUUUAGAUGGAUUACGUUAUUCUUAAGAAAUACGGUGAAGUGUUGGGGAAAUAAUUUGCAAGUCAAGAAAGCAAACCAGAUGAGAACAAAGAAGGAAAAAAGAAUCAGAACUCUCUAACGUAAACAUUGUACACCCUGUUUACCGGAAGGUUGUUGGCUUCAGUCUGAGGGUUUCAUUUCAUCAUUUCUUUGCGCUGAUAUUUAAUGGUUAUCGUUGGUGGUGACCAAGAUUCACCCAUACAGUUAUUGGUGACUUUUUCUGGUUCAACCAUGUAAUGCUUUCACCUCUGGUUAUAUUUGGUGUCUAUACUGGUUUCUUUGGGUAAACCUAUUCUGGAAAAGCCUACAAUUGCUCUACUUAUGAUUGCUCUAUUUAUUUGAAACUUGCAAUUUUGGUAUCUGUUUCAAGGUUAAAGUACAUCUAAACUUAAAACGUCUCAGAGUAAACAUUUGUAAAAUCUUCGAGUAAAGUUUUCAAUUCAGCUCAUUUUUAUAGAGAUAAUCUUUCUUGGAAAACUACCCUUAAGCAUUGGAUAACCAUUAAAUUCAAAAAGUAAAAGCAACGGAUUUUUCAUCGUGAUUGACUCUUUGUUUACCAUCAACACCACGGAUCUCCAUUUCAUUAUUAGCCACCUUAGAUGUCAACACUUGGGUUAAGCUGGAAAAAGAUCGUUUUUAACUUGUUGCUUUGAUGAUUGGUUCAUUUACUCUGGAAAGGUCUAUUAAUAUAUUGUGAAUCAUACAAUACAUCAACCAUUGUUUUACAAUUGUUUCCACCAGUUAAUGUGAUUAUAAUCAAUAGUCAACAUCGUCAAUAUUACAAGACAAACUAAGAAGCUUAUGGAAUAAUUUGCCAAUACAAAAUCACCGAAUGAUAACAAAGCAAAGAAAAGUCAAUCUAGUGAAUCUAGCUCGCAGAUGAUUACCAAAACUCUAUUUAAUCAACAUCACCCUCAUCAAAAUCAUCUUCAAAAAUAUCUUCAAUAUCUUAACAUUCUAAAAACAACGCUCAUUGUUUACCAUCAAAGCCAAAUUUUCUUUAAAUGAAGUGCAAUAAUUGAUGGUAUUAAUAUAUUGUCGAUCUCACUGAAACUCCAUCGUUUUAUUUCAAACUUGUCAUUUAUAAUAUAAUUUUCAUCAUUUAAAAUCAGCCGCAAAUUGUUUACAAUGAGACCAAAUGAUACUACCCAUAGUGAAGAAACCAAAGAAUUUGUUAUCAUUGGGAAUGGUCCAUCAGCAAUUACGUUAAGCUACAUGUUAGCCGGUAACUGGCCUUAUUACAAUCCAACUGAGCCACAUCCCAAUUCUGAGCUACACGCACGUUUGGUUUCACCUGGUGAUUCUGAAUCUUAUAGUGAUGACACUAAUCUUUCAUCAGUAUCUUUAAUUCAACGUGAUUUAGAUUACUUGUCAGGUGGUCUGUCUGGUCGAUCUCGUAAUCCUAUAUCCAUACUUUUUGAUACCUUACAACACCCUGAUGCUGAUAUUGGUUCUGACAUUCCAUCAGCUCUUUCCUGGUCAUUCCAUCCAGAUCGUGCUAUUUCUCAUGUGGUUCUUGGUUCUGGUUUGCCUGGAGGAUCUUGGCACAAAAUGAAUGAUUGUAACAACACAUUAACCAUAAGUUUAGGAACCUGGAUGCAGUUACCUAAUUUGGGUAUAAAACAAUGGUCUUGUGAUAACAAAAGAGAAUCUCGUGUUCCUUUAGGUCGGGUUGCCAAGUAUUAUAGAGACUAUGUGAGGCACCAAAACUUGGAGAAAUAUUUUUAUAACAAUAGUCAAGUUUUACGAUUGGAAUUUAACGAGAAGGAUAAUCUAUGGAAAGUUUCGUAUAUGCAAGAUAAAGUUGGCCAUUUUACCAUUUCUACACCGCGAGUUGUCUUAGCCACUGGGGUCAAUGAAAAACCCAACAAAUUAGGUAUCAAGGGAGAGUCUUAUCCUUUUGUCAUCAAAUCUCUUACCGAGUUUGAGAAAAUUUUGUCCAAUUUGGAUCGCUCAGUCUGUAAUGAGCCUGUUUUAAUUGUUGGAGCUGGUCUUUCUGCUGCGGAUGCUGUUAUUACAGCGCGUUUUGAGGGUUUACCUGUUUAUCAUGCAUUCCGUCGACAUCCCGAUGAUCCAACUCUUAUAUUUAACCAGUUACCUGAAAAUAUGUACCCAGAAUAUCACAAGGUACACCAAAAAAUGAAAGGCAAAAGUCUUUCUCCAGAUUACAAAGCAUUUCCAAUGCACUGUAUCAGUGAGAUUAGAUCUAAUCGCACAGUUGUUCUGACCAAUCUGAUUGGUGCUGAAUAUAAUGGAAUCAAUGAUUCAACUCAAAAAACGAUCAAAGUUUCUUACGUUCUCGCUUUAAUUGGACGUCGGGCUAACCUUGAUUUCAUUUAUCCCAAAAGGUUAAGAGCACAAUUACUGCAACAUCCAACUCAGCCAUUCCACAGCAGGAACAAUCCAAUUGCCAUUAAUCCGUUCACUCAUGAGUGUUUAAAUGCUGAAAGACUUUACGCUAUGGGACCAUUGGUCGGUGAUAAUUUUGUUAGAUUUGUCCAAGGAGGUGCAUUAGCUAUAGCAAAUGAUUAUUGGUCUAAACCACUUUCUCUUGCUCCUAAAGUAUCUUCUUCACCCGAAGACUUUCUUCUCAGGUGAAACACAGUCCUUAAUUCGUGAUUUUAUCUUUACCCCUUCGAAUGUCAACAUUCUCAUUGUAGCCUUGAUUUUUUUAAAGAUCAAUCUCGGAAAUUUAUUACUGUUAGGAGCCUUUGAAAUUUGUGGAAAUAAUUUCUUUUCUUCGCAACAAGCACCAAUCAAUUGGAAGGUAAAAAUGAGACAUCAGUCAAUCAGCUUUAAUCCAUUUGAGAGCAAUAUUGUAAUGUGUAUAUUUAGUGUUUUUCAACUCCUUUCAUUGAUCAAACUGAACAAGGAAUAAACCUUUUCUUGUAAUUGAUUUUAAAUCACAUUGAAUCUAAAAUAUAGUUACAAAAAUUAAGGUUAACAAAACCUUGAUCACUCUGACUUCAAAAUUGUUUAUAAAAUUUUAUUUAAAUUUGAAUAAAGAUGUUUGUUUUUUUUCA